GUACGAACACGCUACCAAACAAUGAUAAGUACUAUUUUGUAUAUUCUGCUUUUGCAAGCAGUCGCCCAGGUUCAGGGUGUCCCUCUGAACGUCACCGCUCUCUCAUCACGCGAUGGCAUCUCGGUGAUACAAUGCUGGCAGCUCGCUGCAAUUCCUGAAGAGGCCCGCUCCGCCAUGAACUACGACCUGGGCGAAAUGGAAAAGGCGUCAUGGUCCAUCAUCCAGCCGCGCACAACCGUCGGCGAGGCUUGGGCUCCUAGGUUUCAACUUACAAUGGUCCUCAACGGCCUGAUACGGGUCACCUCUCCAGCCCCUGUUCCCAACGGGUCGUCAUCUACCCCGAGCCCAGCGGCAGGUUCGAUGGCAGCCGGCGGGCCGGAGGUGACGCACACGGCUUACCUGAUGCCGGGGACGGUGGUGUCUUCGAUGGUCAUUGCAGCGGACACCAAGGCUGUGAGCACGAUUAGAGGACACUUCACCGAGUUUCCGAGUGACGAACCGACGGUCCUGGUGCAAAUCCCAUUCCAAGGGGACAGGGCUCCGGAGCACAAGGUACUCUAUGAUGGGCAAUGCCGCUCGGUGUAGGGGGUUCACACUGUGUGACAUUGAGGAGAUGGAUGAUUUUGGAUACAUUGAUCUUGGGUAUGAUACAAUGAUUCCCAGAUCAUUCACUUUUGUCGCCUAAAAGAAAAAUGCUUAGCCAUUCGAGCGUCUCCUCGAGGUAAUAUUUUGUGGCAAUAGCCAGGCCAAUGACACAGCCACCUCCAAAAGGGGUUUCGAUUUGGAUAGAGGUGGUUUUCCCGUUUUUGAAAAGAGCUACGAUAUUGACUUUUUGACCUACUAUAUUCCAUAUCUCGACUGAGUCUUUCCAGAAGUUUGCCUAAGUCCAUUGCUCUGGGUUUUUUUUUUUUUUGGUUUUUUUGUUUUUUUUUGUUGUCUUGAUGGUAUAGCCCAUCAGAUGCGAUUUGGGAGCCAGAAUUGCCUUGGACAGAGGAUACGAUUUUAUUACUUCAUGUUAGCAGCAUUGAAACCCUGACUUUGUCAUUUUUGUAAGCGUCCUCGGAGAAAGUCCGAAUACCGGCGCAAACGGCGAGCGAUAAAGAAUGAUAUAGAAUAAAAGCCAGUUCAUCCCUCAAUUUUCUCAUGGUAUUG